AUGUCCAUAACUCAACCUGUGCACAUACAUGAAAUUGUUUCAAACAAAAUCGACCAUAAACUUGUUGCAGAAGCAAGACAUGUUAAUUUUACAAUCCCCGGAGUGCCAAAUAGUAAACAACCAAAUAUCACCAGUGCUAUGUUGAGUGUGUUUCAGGAUUGGUUGAUACAGCGCGGUUCAUGUCCCGUUCAUUUCCUAUGGGAAGAUCUGGGUAUAAAUUUCUGGCCACGCUGGGUAAAACGUGGUUUCUGUGUCGACGAAGAUUCUUGCUCUUGGCCUCCGGGAAUGCAUUGUUUACCAGCAGAAGGUAAAAGAAUUCGCCUUUUACGGUGGCAAUGUAAAAGGAAAUACGGAAUGAAGUGUAAAUGGAUGAAAAUACCGUACCCUGUUACUGAUGAGUGUUUCUGUUCUUGUUAG